AUGGCGCCUACCAUAUUUCUCGUUCUCGCACUACUUUCCAUCGUCGAGUCCACCGCCGCCAAAGGCGGUGGUCUCAAGCUGGAACUCAUCCAACGUCGACUCUCACCCGGCAACGUUUCACCGAUGGCAGCCAAAUCACAAAUUUGGCCGGAAACCAGCGAAUUUAUAGUGAAAAUCGCCGUCAGAACGCCGCCGACGGAGGUGCAUGCAAUCCUCGACACUGGCAGCGAUUUAUUUUGGGCUCAGUGUCGUCCAUGUGCGAAAUGUUACCGGCAAACGAAUCCGAUUUACGACCCUUCGAAAUCGUCAACCUUUCAAACCCUUUCUUGCAAGUCAUCGCAGUGCCAUUUGAGGGGGUUCGGUGCGGCGUGCUCUGGCACCGAUACGUGUAAGUACGGCUAUGGGUAUGGAAGCGGAUCUACGCAGGGAGAAUUGGCGACUGAAAAAAUGGCUGUAACUUUGAGGUCAGGAGCGACGACGCCAUUUUCUGGGGUGGUGUUUGGUUGCAGACAUAAUAAUAGUGGAACGUUUAAUGCCAAUGAAAUGGGAUUGAUCGGAUUUGGAAGAGGAGUGAUUUCCUUCGUUUCUCAGCAUCAUAAGUUUUGGAGUGAAGGCGGUCGAGAUUUCCGUUCGAAUCGGAGUUUCAAGAAAACAUGA